AUGUCUACACCCAUCGACGUAACCGUCACCAACGCUCCAAACGGCGCGCCACACGCUCUGGGCAACGCCGACGCGCUCUCGCGGCCGUACCUCAUCUUCCCGCCGUUCCCUGCGCCCCCGCCGGGCGUGUCCAUCACGCCCUUCAAGGCCUUCAAGCCGUCCGGCAUCGAGAUCAACCUCGAUCCGCGCCCGGACGACGUCGAGCACGACGGCCUCGGCGUGCCCACCCUCGAGCUCCGCGUCAAGCACGAGCUCACCGAGGCCGAGCAGCGCAGGCGCCGCCGCCCGCGCGCCCCGCUCGUCGACGCCGGCGGGCGCCGCCCCGUGUGGUACGAGGAGUGGGCCGUCGUCGAGCACCAGCGCCGCACGACCACCCCCAUCGAUCCCUCGCUCUCGCGCGUCGACCGGCUGCACCAAGCUUCGCAGGACUUCAAAGCCGGCCGCACGUGGCCCCCGCUCCCCUCGGGCGUCCAGCAGCUCUGGGACGCCUUCCGCCUGUACAUCGGGAUCAUCAGCAACAUCCAGCCGCCCAUGUCGCGCAAGCGCGCCGCGAUGUUCCACGCGGCCGUCGCGGACGCAGAGGCAGAGGCGGACUCGGAGGACGACGACGAUGCGGAGGAUGGCGCGAAGCCGCCGCCGCGCGAGCGCCGCGUCGCGCUGAUCGACGAGGACCAGGCGCGCUCUGUGCAGGAGCAGCGCUUCGCGGACCGCCGCCCGCUGGACACGGAAGAGCGCCAGGCGCGCCGCGAGUACUUCCGCGAGGCCAAGGACCAGCGCAUGGACGCGUUCUUCAACGACACCGAGCGCGACAUCCGCGUCUUCUUCUCCGCGUACUUCCGCGACAAGGGCCUCAUGUGGUCGGAGCAGCGCACGCGCGACGGGCCAAUCCUCGUGGGCUUCUUCCUCAACUUCCUCCUGCGCAACCGCGUGCUCCCGGAGCCGGAGCACGAGCGCGGCCUGCGCCGCGGGCUCGUCGUCGUCGAGCAGGCGCGCACGGAGCUCCCCGCGACGUUCACCGUCGCGCGCGCGCUCCCGGACAAGUUCAGCGACGGCUGCCGCGCGCUCUGGGGCAGCAUGACCGCGCGCCUCAACUGGGCGAAUAUCGCCGAGGACGACGCGAAGCAGACCCAGGGCGACGAGCCCGACGCGAAGCGCCGUAAGCUCGACGGGACGCAGGAGGAGACGGAGGACGAGCGCGUGCUGAGGGAGGCUGCGGGCGGGGCUGAUAUCGAGGUCCUCACCCCGGACGUCGUCAUGAACAUCGCGCAGGAAAUCGAAAGCGAAAACAGAAAGAAGGAGAAGGAGAGCGUAGAGAACGCGGACGCUGCAGCUGACAACGCCGGCUGGGGCGCCCCCGCCGACGACGCGUGGGGCGCGGCCGACACAGAGCCGUGGGGCGGCACCGGCGAGGGCGAGGGCGCGUACAACUUUGCCCCGCCCACGGCGGACACUUGGGACAUCGGCCCUCAGCCGAACCAGAUCAUGGCCUUUUUCGGGCCCACGCUCUUCCCGCUCACGCAUACCACGGGCAUCAUCGAGCGCGCGACGCGGCGCAUCGUGCGUGUCACAGCCCCGGAGAAGACCAAAGCGAAGAAAAAGAAGGGCCGCAGUGCGGCGGAGCUCAUAGAGGAGGAGCUCACGCGGCGCCUCGCCAGGAUGGUGCUCGAGCCGUGGUCGGGGCACGAGCUCCACAAGAAUUCGGAAAUCACUGAGCCGAUCAUCUUGCCUGACUCGAGGGGUGCGGUGGUGAGCGAGACCGCUGAGACCGCGGGCAACAGCGCCAGCGCGGUGCAUAACCCCUCCAAGGAACAGAUCACCGUUCUCAUUGACCCCUCCAUCGCCGACAAGAUGGUCGUUGGUAUGGGCCUCGGCGCGACCUGGGUACAGCUUGCUCGCCAAGACCUUACCGCUGCACCUGACGCCAGUGAAGCAGAUGAGAAGAACAAGAAGGGCGGAUGGGGUGAGGCUGGGCAGCCUACGCCAUACUGGUACAUGGAGCAGCUCGUCAGCGUGCUGCCCAGUUUCCACACCGAGCAGUAA